AUGGGAUGUCUUCCAACCUUUUGCCUUACUUUAACUGUAUAUGCUUCAAAUGCUGUUCGCCAUCCUCCUCCCGAAAUAUAUUAUUCCUUCCAUUUGCCCAACUAUCCACCUUUCCCGAAUCCUACAUUUCUGCUCAUCGGCAUCACUAUAACCCCAUUCUCUGCUGCACACGCACAAACAACCUCUGGCUACGAGUCCAGCUCAGAGAAUCCGGGGCAUCAAACUGUCGUGCAAGCGUCUCCUCUGACUUCCAUUGCAUUGGCCUCUUCUCUCUCCACGUCUCCAGCUCAAUGUCAUCCUUCUACUCCGCUGGUUUGCUCGGCUUCGUUUGGUACAUCUUGUCGUCAGUCUGAAAUGACCUGGCCUUCGCAGGUGCCCGUCAUAGCUGAACCUCUCAAUGCCCAUCAGAUGCCGUUGCUAUUGCCACCGCAGUGGUACUGCUCGAGCUCAAUGAUAGAAAGGACACCAGUCGGCCGGCUGGCCAACGGCCCGGCUCUUUGGCCAAGAAGCUGGGCUGACGUCGGAGAAAAGAUCCAAAUGGAGCAGCAGAUGCAACCAGACCUUUUGGAGGAGGCAAGGAGGGCAGAGGUUGGAAAUAAUCGGGUUGGAGAUAGAGGACCUGAUUGUCAACUGGUUCAGUCGGAGGGCAAGCUUGCUGUUUUAUGCAACCAGCUGCAUCGUAUUUUGGAACAGUCAACCAGAUGCACAGGUUGGUUGGGGCCUUAA